UCUGGUCAGAGCCGUGAGCUCUGCUAGCUGGGUGCCACUUCCAGGUGCAAGUGGGGCGCUCUCAAGUGCAUGGUGUAGUCACCACAGCACAUCCUGCCUUUCUUAUUUCUCUUUUCAUCUUCCAUGAAGGAGCUGUCAUCAUAGAAAAGGGUUCAAUCAGGUCCCAAGCCUGGUCCUCUCCUCAUCCUGUGUGCCCUGUGGAGCCCCUGGUGGGGACCCAGACCAACAAUUACCACGGCUGGAAGGUGAAGAAGUGGAGCAGAGAGGCUCCUCCCACCCACCUACCCGCAGCAACUCCUCCCUCAGGCACCUCCUCCAGGAAGCCCUCCCUGAGGCCCCACAACCGCCCACCACAGUCAAGCCACUGGUGUAUCCUGCUCAUCCUCCUGAGCCACUGGGGACCUUGGCAGGCCCUGAGCUUAACCUGUGUGGUGCAGACAGGAGCAUCUUUCUGGCCAGAGAGGGGCCCAGCUCCAGGCUGAGGCUGGGUCUGGCAGCAUGGCCAGGCUCACUCUCCUCACCCUGCUCCUCUCACUGGCUGGAGCCCUGGUCAGUGCCCUGAUGGACCUAGAGGUGCAGCAGUCUCCCCGCCACACCAUUGUCUCGGUGGGGGGCUCCGUGAACAUCACCUGCUCCACUAGUGCCCCUACGAAAGGGCUCUUCCUGAAGCAAACCUGGCCAAAAACCAUGAACGUGAUUUACUACGAGGAUGAGAUGAAUGCCACUGUGGAUGAGCAAUUCUGGGACCGUGUCAGCUUCAUGGGGUCCCAGGACAACCUGAGCAUUACUGUGAACCACCUGCAGCUGGCCGACUCUGGCGUCUACAUCUGCUCUGCUGUUGCUAUUGACAGUGAAUCUUCGGGCUCUGGUACCAUGGUCAUGGUCACAGAAAAACUGUACCAAGAGACACAAGAACCUCACAAACACCAGGACCCUGGGCCGAAGGUGCUUGUCCUCCCGUGGGCCCUUGCUGGGGGCUGCUUCCUCCUCGGGCUGGGCCUGGGAAUGCUGUAUGCCCUGAGGACGCAGAUCAGGAACUCAUGUGCCUCCAGGGACAAGAAUCCUGUCUACGUGGUAUAUGAGGACAUGUCCUACAGCAGCCGCAAUAUGCUGUCCACCCCUACCAAGUGCUAGGGAGCCCUUGGAUACGCUGCCCCCUGCACCCCACCCAGCUCACCUAGUGCUCACACUCAGGCGGCUGGGGUGGGGGCUGUGCUCCUUGGUGCCCCAGACAGACAGGACGCCGUCUUCAGAAAGCCUUCCAGCCCGGCCUACCCUUGGUGCCCUGGUCAGUGCGUCACCAGCUACAAAGCUCAGAGUCCCUGGGCCACCCUUCCCUUCCCACAAGGGAGCGAGGCCUUUUCUGUGGAUGGGCUUAGACACCUGGCAGGUCCCCAGGUCCAGCAUGGUGGCAAGGGGCAGCAGGAGGCCCAGGCCCAUCCAGCCCUGUGGGAAAUAAAACAUUGCUUUUCUUUCCUUGCUAA